AUGUCUGUGGCUUCACCGACUGGAGGCACUAACACAAAACCCCCCGUCAAGUUCUUCAUGCUGUACAACUGCCUCACUACUAGCAGCUCCUUUUUCUCUACGCUAAGCAAAAAAGUGCCCCAAGCUUCGGCCUACGUGCUGCUAAACAACGCGGCAUCCAUCAGCUUGAAAACCACACUCAGCUUUGCAUGCCAAGGACCAAGAAAACUCUUCAUUCUCACUAUUCACCUCAUCCGGCACAUGCGGAUCCUACACAGACAGGCACGCCGGCACUCGCUGGGCGGCUACUCGCACCCGUCUUACUGCUUAGCACUAGCUCUACGGGGUAUUAUGCGCUGCUCAUCAUCUUCGCAAUUGCUGCAUUGGGCUCUGGGCACAGCAGAUGAGGAUCCAGUAGCGCACACCAAUAUAACUUGUACGGUAUACGGCACUGUAAUCCAUGCUCGUCUUGCCAGCCAGCAAGUGCUUACGGGACAGCAUUUCCUCCCUCCAUGCACCGGCAGAAGCGCUCGAAUCGAUAAUGAAAGGGUCCGUGGUGUAAGAUCACACAAGACUAGGCAGCUCGAUAUGCGCAGGGAAGAUGAAUUACUGCCAGUAGUAUUCCUAGCGGGUGCUGCGGGUUAA